AUGGUGGUGGGGUGUUUAACUAUACUGUCACUGAAAUGUUCCUGUACUGGAUACAAGCACUUGGAAAUCUGUAGAAGUGGUAAUCACUUAUUGUCAGUUAUCAAACUCUUAGACCUCCAUUUUUCUCCUCCUUACAAACUACGAAGGAUUUUGGAGUCAAGAGUUUUGGUGAAAUUGGAGUGCAAGUCAACUCUUUUUUUUGAGUUGUUGUCGUCUUCUAGUGAGUCAAGCUUGCACUUUUUGUUGUAUGUUAUCUGUUUUUCGAAUUAUAAGUGGAGUUACAAGGAUGAGAUUACAAACCCUGUGCCUUGCAGAUUCUUGGGGUGGAAAGGACAGCAUCUCAGCAGGAAAAUAAAGAAAGCAUACUACAAGUUGGCAUUACGGCUGCAUCCUGAUAAGAAUCCCGGCGAUGAGGAGGCCAAGGAGAAAUUUCAGCAACUGCAAAAGGUGAUAUCAAUUCUUGGUGAUGAGGAGAAAUGGGCACUCUUUGAUCAGGCUGGUUGUGUUGACGAUGCAGACCUUGCAGGGGAUGUUGUUCAGAAUUUAAAGGAGUUUUUCCAAGUAAUAUACAAAAAGGUUACUGAGGUUGAUAUUGAAGAGUUUGAAGCUAACUACAGAGGAUCUGACUCGGAGAAAAGUGAUUUGAUUGAUUUGUAUGAGAAGUACAAGGGCAAUAUGAACAGGCUUUUCUGUUCAAUGCUAUGCUCAGAUGCCAAGUUGGAUUCUCAUCGAUUCAAGGAUAGUCUGGAUGAGGCCAUAGCUACAGGAGAUCUGAAGCCAACGAAGGCAUAUAAGAAAUGGGCUAAGCAAGUACCUGAAACAAAAACUCGUACAAGUCCUUUAAGACAGAGGCGGAAAUCAAAAAAAGAGUCAGUAAGAUUUAUAUGCCAUUAUCUCAAAGCGCAAAAAUGAUAGAAGAGGCCAAGUUGAUUCCAUGUUAUCCUCUUGGAAGAAAAUCGAAAGUCCGAAGACGUCCAAAAAUUUGAAAGCUAAUUAUUUGCUGGUGUUAAGUCUUGCUUUCCAAGAUCUUACAACCAGAAGGCUGUGUUUGGAAGAUGUCCUAGAAGGUGUCAACUCUAAUAUAAAUUUUAGGAUUGGCAGGCACAAGAUUGAAACCCAUACCUUGGCCAAACUUUUUAAAUAAGCAUUCAUUUAGAAUCUCCAUCUCAG